CUUCCCUCCUAGAAUCAAAACCCUCUGUAAAACCCUAGAUUUAGCGCAAUGGCGAUAGGCGCAGCGCUCUCAGAUCCUCCCAAGAUUCACAGAUUCCCACAAUCCAACUACAUAGACUCCGUCCGGUGGCUUCCCCCAGUCUCCGCCUUGGACCGCUUGGCCGUGGUCGCGGUUUUCGACUCCGAUUCCGACUCACCCUCCGUAGAAAUCCACUCAUACACCCAAGACCCAUCGCCCAAUCUCACCCCUCGGGCGAAAUGGGACCCGCCGUCGCGAGUGUCCUCUCUGACGGCCUCGCCAUUCAGCCGCAGAUCCCUAGUGGCCGCCGCGACGCUCUCGGGGUCGCUUCACGUGCUGCUCACCGACGCGGUGGACCCUUGGUCGUUCGAGUCGGAGCUUUCGGUGGCGGAGAAGGCGUUGCAUGACGGAAGCGUUUCAUGUGUGGAUGUGAUGGAUGACGGGGCGGAGUGUGUCACUGUUGGGGGAGAUGGGAGGGUCAAUUUGGUCAGUGUAGGGGAGGCUGAGCUGAGGUGCAGGAGGAUUUUCGAUAGCAGUGGGCUGGUUUCGUUUACUUCGGCGAAAUGGGCUUCGCCGAGUGAGUUUGCUACUGGAGGGUUGGGGUUCAGUCUGCAGUGGUGGGAUCAGAGAAAGCCUGGCGGGGCGGUUUCUCAGUUCAAGGGUGACUGGAACCAAAGAAAAUCUUCCGGGAUUGUACAUUCAAUUGAUAUUCAUCCAUCAAGAAAGCACACUUGUCUGGCAGGAGGCUCUUUAGGUACUGUAUUUGCAUGGGAUCUUAGAUGGCCACAACAGCCACUAUUACUCUCUGGCGUUGGGUCAGGUGAAUCAACCUACUCCCCAUGUGAAAGUGAGGUUUGGGAGGUUCAGUAUGACCCCUAUAUAAAAUCUACGAACGUAGGAAAUGGUACUUCACGUAUUUUACCUACUAUGAUAUGUUCUGAGGAUGGAAUUCUUGCUGUCGUUGAACAGGGUGAGGAACCCAUUGAGCUGUCGGCAGAACCUUGUGCAAUCAACAGUUUUGACAUAGACCAGCAAUAUCCUUCUGAUGUGAUAUACAGCCUGGAGUGGGAAUCUAUAGCCAUCUUGACAAGGUCAUGAGAUCAAGGAAUGGACAUGAAGAUUCACGGUUCAAUUUGGAAUCUUGUUCUUUUUUCUGAAGCUAGCAAUCAAACAAUGGAUCCCUACACAUCCAUUUGGUGCUGAAGUUAAAACUAAUGUACAAACCGAGUUACUAAAGUUUCUGCUGUAACAGGAUAAUGGCUACACAAGUGUUUAAAGCACCAUUUCUAGUCUGCUAUAACAUCAAUCAGAGAUUCAGUGUUAAUGUGCCCAAUCCCAUGUAA